UUGGGAUCCCGCCAUGGAGCCGGCAGCGCGGAGGCGGCCGCACGCGGCGGCGGGCGGCCCGGGCGGCUCCUUCCUGCAGGCCAGGCAUGGUUCCCCGAGUACUGAAGAGACAACCGGCACUGCACCCUUCCAUUUGGACCUCUGGUUCUACUUCACUGUGCAGAACUGGGUUCUGGACUUCGGCCGCCCCAUUGCCAUGUUGGUGUUUCCUCUGGAGUGGUUUCCGCUCAACAAGCCUAGUGUGGGGGACUACUUCCACAUGGCCUACAACGUCAUCACCCCCUUCCUCCUGCUCAAGCUCGUCGAGCGAUCCCCGCGCACCCUGCCACGCUCCAUCAUCUAUGUGAGCGUCAUCACCUUCAUCAUGGGCGCCAGCAUCCAUCUGGUGGGGGACUCCGUCAACCACCGGCUGCUGUUCAGCGGCUACCAGCACCACCUGUCAGUGCGCGAGAACCCCAUCAUCAGGGACCUCCGGCCCGAGUCGCUGAUCGACUCCUUCGAGCUGCUCUACUACUACGACGAGUACCUGGGCCACUGCAUGUGGUAUAUCCCCUUUUUCCUCAUCCUCUUCAUGUACUUCAGUGGCUGCUUCACUCCUGCUGCAGCGCCACGCUCCGUGCCAGGGGCUGCCCUGCUCCUGGUGGUGCCCAGUGGCCUGUACUACUGGUACCUGGUCACCGAGGGCCAGAUCUUCAUCCUCUUCAUCUUCACCUUCUUCGCCAUGCUGGCCCUCGUCCUGCACCAGAGGCGCAAACGCCUCCUCCUAGACAGCAACGGCCUCUUCCUCUUUGCGUCCUUCAGCCUCGCGCUCCUGCUCGUGGUGCUCUGGGUGGCCUGGCUGUGGGACGACCCCGUGCUCAGGAAGAAGUAUCCGGGCGCCAUCUACGUCCCCGAACCCUGGGCCUUCUACAGCCUCCACGUCAGCAGCCAGCGCUGAGCCCUGCUGGCUGCUGGGGUGUGAGAGUGAGUGUGGGGG